GUUGGAGAGACAUAUCAGAGAAAGAGAUGCUGCAUCAACAAGAAAGUUGACUGAUAAAAAGUUGUCCAGAAAGGAGGAAGAAGAGGCAAUCAGGAGGUCUAAUGCUUUGGAGCAAGAUGAGAUUGGAACUUUGAGGAAAGUCUCAAGGCAAGAGUAUCUUAAGAAAAGAGAGCAAAAGAAAUUAGAUGAACUCAGAGAUGAGAUAGAAGAUGAGCAGUACUUAUUUGAUGGGAUGAAGCUAACUGAAGCAGAAUAUAAGGACAUGAGGUGCAAGAGGGAGUUAUAUGAUCUAAUCAAGAAGCGGGCCGAGGAGGAUGAUGGCAAAAAUGAGUAUAGGAUUCCCGAUGCAUAUGAUCUUGAAGGCGGUGUAAAUCAAGAGCAAAGGUUUGCUGUUGCACUGCAACGCUACAGGGAUCGUGAUGCCAAUGAUAAGAUGAACCCUUUUGCGGAACAAGAAGCAUGGGAAGAUCACCAAAUAGG